AUGGCUAUCACAGCAUUGAAAGACUUGGAUGACGCGAUGGCUAUCGACUUUGGAGACAGGCUGAAUUUGGACAUUGCCAUGCCACCUCUUACACCAAGCCCAACCCCGCUAGAACAAGAUCUCUUAGUCAACCGAGAUGUGUUACCCUGGGUAGUUCAAAAAUUUGGCGGGACAACCGUAGGAAAAUUCUCAGAAACCAUAGUCGAGAAAGUAGCAAAAUCCCAUCUAGAAAACCAUAGAACGAUUCUUGUAUGCUCAGCAAGAAGUGGUGAAACCAAAGCGUUAGGAACUACGAAUAGACUUCUUCAGGCUGCGAAGGAAGCCCUGACGUCGAAUUCAACCGGCUUUAUCGAUAUCGUUAAUGAUAUCCUCGAAGAUCAUCUUAACGCGGCAUCCAAUUUGAUCAGCAAUGCCUACGUACUAACAGAUUUGAAUAAUAGUCUGCGAGAAGAAUGUACUAGAUUAGAAAAGUUCCUUGGGGCAACAAGGGUUAUAAACGAACUAACCCCAAGGUCGAAAGAUAUCAUCAUCGGCAUGGGAGAGAAGCUGUCUUGUCGCAUUGUUACCGCACUACUACGUGAUAGAGGUGUCGAUGCUGAAUUUGUUGACUUGGGUAAUAUCAUUAGUCAAGAUUUUGAUACGGCUAACCUUGAUCAAGAAUUCUAUGACGACUUGACCAGUAGAAUGGCCGAAAGAAUAAAGGAAUGUGGUAAUCGCGUACCCGUAGUGACUGGCUUUUUUGGCCAAGUACCAGGAAGCAUACUUUGUAGUAUUGGUCGUGGGUAUACAGACUUGUGUGCCGCUUUAUUAGCAGUCGGCGUUGGUGCGGAAGAGCUCCAAAUAUGGAAAGAAGUCGAUGGCAUAUUUACCGCAGAUCCGCGUAAAGUGCCCACCGCAAGAUUGCUUCCUGUCAUCACUCCCGAAGAGGCGGCCGAGUUGACUUACUAUGGCUCCGAAGUCAUUCAUCCGUUCACUAUGAAUCAAGCGAUAAGAGCAAGUAUUCCCAUCCGUAUUAAGAAUAUACAAAAUCCAGAUGGUGACGGGACUGUUAUAUUUCCAGAUGUGAUGAAUAGGGACUUGUCCCCUCUUGGAAAAAGUAUGACCAAGCUUUUCAGCGAGAAUGGCUAUUAUUCGGACAUGACAAGACGUCAUCCAAUUGCGGUUACCAUAAAGAAUAACAUCAUUGUGUUAAACAUUCACUCUCAUCGAAAGAUCAUGAGUCAUGGUUUCUUUGCAAGCAUCUUUGCUGCCUUGGAUAAGUAUGGAAUUGUCGUGGAUUUGAUUUCGACAAGCGAGGUUCAUGUAUCUAUGGCUCUUGUAGAUGUAGCAGCUGAACAAGAUCUAGGUAAAGCGUUAAAAGAGUUAAACGCUUUGGGAAAGGUCGACGUUAUUCCGAAACUGGCUAUACUUAGUCUGGUUGGGAAGCAGAUGAAGAAUAUGGUCGGUAUCGCUGGCAAAAUGUUUAAUACUCUUGCAGCUGCUCAAAUAAACAUUGAGAUGAUUUCGCAAGGUGCAUCAGAGAUUAACAUCUCAUGCGUUAUUGAUGAAUGCAAUGCCGAUAUGGCGCUGAAUGUCAUACACGCAGAGUUAUUAUCCUCGGUUGCGCUCGGACAGUGA